AUGAGACACCACUUGUUCAGCCACCACCACCACCAAUCGAUGGACCCCGUCGUCUUGUCCGAUACCCCUGUCUGCAUCGGCCGCGGUAGUUUUGCCGAAAUAUACUUUGUCUCCGCCAAACUUUGGGUGUUCAAGGUUGUGCAAAACCCUCAAAAUGCAGACGCUCUCGUACGGGAGUACGACGCCUGCCACUCGCUCUAUUAUCGGUGCAACAACGACUCGUUCUUUGCCAUACCAAGGGCCCUUGCGCUAAAUGUGCCUCAGGGGGCGAGUCCCGCCUUCCGCAUGCCUCCACCGUCGCCGCCGCGCCAACCUUCUCGUCGUGCCCCUCGCCAAAUCGUCGUUGAGGAUGAAUUCGAUCCUUUCGACAGAGCGGCGUACGCUCUCGACCGUGUACAUGAUCUACCUUCGGCGGCGAAGGCAUAUCUCAGACAAUCCUACUUUCCUCAAGGCGUUAAUAUUGGACCCUCGCUCUGCCGCCUGUACUUCGGCAAAGAGAUUCCAUUGCAGUCUAAGCCGCCGCGCUUCAUAAACUCGCAGAAUUUUCCGCUCGAUGCCCGGCGCUAUCAAGCCCUGUACGAACUAUUUCCCCAAGAUCUGGAUCCACUGGAGAAGGUUGCGGAAGGAAUGGGCGAAAUGUUAGGGCGCAUUCAUUUCUGUGCAUCCUAUGACGGACGCGAUAUCGAGUUCGUGCUGGGUGGAAGCGGAUACAGUACCUUCAGUUUUUGGGUCAUUGAUUUCAAUCAGAUGCGGAAGUGGACAAAGGAAGAAAGCGACAUUGAGAAGUUAACCUCUUCUUUCUUCUCGAAUGAUCCUUAUUACCCUCGUCCUCGUCCAAGUGAUCCUCUUUACAUAGCGUUCAAGACUGGAUAUCGUCUCGCUGUUUCUGACCAUCUUUCACCAUUGGCGGAUGCCUUCUUCACCGAAAUCGAGGCUGAACAGCUUCAUCGUGAUGAAAAUCGACACGCUGAAGGGUAG